AUGUCGCAGACGGAGGAGAAAAUUUGCGUUACCAAAGGAUUUGACUGCAAAUAUCCCUCCAAUGUCACUUUUGUGUCAGUCUCGAAUGCGUCAGGCCCGCAGUUGAGUGGGACUACCCCGGCCUACAGCUCCAUCAGGUUCGUUGAUGACGCUCCUGUGGCCUCUCCUUCUUCCCAAAGAAGUAAAAGCCUAUCAAACGUGCAGGUGUCCCAGACUUAUGGCCAUCUGGCUGCCGACGCUCUGGACUCGGCAUUGGAUCUCAAUGACACUAUCGACCAUGUUGAAUUUGACAUUCCCGAACCCAUACCCCAGAGCAACCGGGGAACUUCGUCUGCUUUUGUGAAUCAUUUGGAUAGGACAUUUGAAGGUGGCGAUCUCGAGACUGCGCUGCUUCGUCAUUAUUGUUAUGCUCUGGCCCCUUGGAUCGAUGUUGGAGAUACCACGCGCGCUUUUGGUCUCACGUUGUUGAUCCUUGGAAGAAAGGCCAGGCCUCUAAUGGCCGCGAUUCUCGCUCUCACUGCAUAUCAGAGAUCGCUAAUCUCAACGAGCUCUGCUGCGGAAGACCUCGCUAGCAGUGUUCACUACCGAGAGGAAGCCGAGCGUGACUUAGGGCGACAGGUUCAUGUUGUGCAACGCAGUGUGACGGCGGUCUUGAUGCUCCAGAGCUUUUUUUCCUCUCACCCAUCGCGGUGGGAGAUCUUAGUAGCUGAUCAUAUGGAUGUGUUCAGGAGCUGUGCUUUAUCUAUCUCACUGGAGGACGAACCCUUGGGGGCUCUAUUUUGGCUUCCAUUCAGAAUUGAUCUCGCAGCAUCCAUCAUAAGCUCUAAAGCCCCCAAAAUACCAUUUCGCUCAUUCGCACCAUCAUCCCAGCCAGACUCGAUCCAGCAAAUCUACCAGCGGAUUCUCAUUCUUCUAGCCCAUACCCUGACCUGGACGUGGGGAGACCAUACCAGUGAGGUUGGUCCUGAGCCUAACCUUGUAUCCCAAUGGACCUAUCUGUGGAACGAGUGUCGGCGAUGGUACCAGAGUCUCCCUGUGCCGGUGCAACCGAUCCUGGAUAUUCGAGCCGUGGAUGCUGACCUGAUCGACCCCCAAAAUGCCUCUUCCUUUCCAAUUCUGAUAUACACCACUUCCCUCGCGCUAGUUGCAAAUGCCGUGUACCAUAUUACUUGCUUCCUACUUCUCACUCACAAACCUCGCUUCGUGAAGACGCUGCCGGGUCCCCGGUGCUUCUCGUCGCAUAUAUGGCAUGCGCAAUCUCUAGUCGGCAUCACUACGAGUAACGAUACAAUCGAGCAGUGGGAUCCAGUUGUUAUCGCUGGAUUUCUCACGGUUGCUCGAGCCAUGACGCACGAGUCGCAGCAAUCGGCUGUGUUGCACCGUCUACGGAAGAUUACCCUCCUCACCGGUAUUAAGCUCGACCAUGAGAUUGAGGCUCUCAAGUCUCAGUGGCGCAUGGCAUGCGACGAUGAUAACUUUGGUUGA